UGUCUGCGGGUUCACAGGUGGCCGGGUCAGUGCUGCUGAGGGGAAUUGGCCGGCGGCUAGAGACCCGGAACUCGUGCCGAGUACAGAGCGGACACUAACAGUGCGAUUGAAAAGUGUAUUGCAGGGAAGUGACAAGAUUACAUUUUGAGAAGCUGGAAUGAAGUUUCCAUGGAUUAACAAGCCCUGGAUAAGGACAGGAUCUCUGAGGAGAAACUCUAAGGUAUGAUUUGUACAUUUUGAGUCUCAGGACGGUGGGAAUUAGCCAGUGGAUUGCAGGCAUGUUGUGGAAGUUGCUGAUGAGAUCCCAGCCCUGCAGACUCUGUUCUUUCCGAAAAAUGCUAUCAGCUCCAAAAUACGGACCUUUUCUAGCAUCCUUCACCUAUACAACUGAUAGUCAGUCAAAGAAAGAAAAUAAAAAGACAGUAGAAAAGCUCUUUAAAUUGUCAGUUGAUAUCAGGAAAAUUCGAAGAUUAAGGGGCUGGGUACUUCUGGAGGAUGAAACCUAUGUUGAAGAAAUUGCAAAUAUUCUACGACAGCUGGGUGCCAAUGAGACUGCUGUAGCCAGUAUCUUGGAACGCUGCCCAGAAGCAAUUAUCUGCAGUCCAACUGCUGUUAACACCCAAAGAGAACUCUGGCAAUUAGUCUGUAAAAACGAGGAAGAGUUAGUCAAGUUAAUAGAACAGUUUCCAGAAUCUUUCUUUACUGUUAAAGACCAGGAAAACCGGAAGCUGAAUAUUCAGUUCUUUCAAGAGUUGGGACUCAAAAAUGUGGUCAUUAGCAGAUUUUUGACAACUGCAUCUAAUAUAUUUCAUAAUCCUAUUGAGAAGAAUAAGCAAAUGAUAAAGAUUCUCCAAGAGAGUUAUCUAAAUUUAGGUGGCUCCGAGGCCAACAUGAAAGUUUGGCUUCUAAAAUUGUUAAGCCAAAACCCAUUUAUUCUGUUAAAUUCUUCUGCAGCUAUAAAGGAAACACUAGAAUUUUUCCAGGAGCAGGGUUUCACAGACUUUGAAAUUCUCCAGCUUCUCUCCAAGCUCAAAGGAUUUCUUUUUCAACUUUGCCCAAGAAGUAUACAGAACAAUGAGGAAUCAAGCUUAGAGAGCCAUUCAGCUGCUAAGUGCCAGAGCCCAGAUUUACUGAGAUCUCUCUUCUGUUCAAAACUUGUGAACAGAAAAAGGAUUGCUUACAAGCUGGCAUAAGAAAAAGUCACCCCUACCUGACAUGCUAAAAGAACUGGAGAGGUUGCGACUGACACUAAUUCAAGCAUUCGCUGGAAAGGUUGUGACUGACACUAUUUCAAGCAUUAUGGGAAACUCAACUAACAUUGGAGGUUAGCUUGUUCCAUAUUUGUACAAAGGGGAUACAGAUACUUUCUUCCUAAGGGCCUCAUACUGAUUUAAUAAGAGAAUUUAUGGACCAUACCCAAUAGGUAAGUAAGUGCCCAGUAAGUAUCAGUUUUCUUCCUUCUUCCAGUUGGUUCCCUUCCCUUUGAAUCAUUUCUGGCCAGUAAGCAGUCUUAAGUUGGUUCCACAUCAGCUUAGGACACAGAAGUGCCCUCCUUACUUUAUAAUUCCUCCAUCAAUUCCCGAAGUUGAACAGUGCACAAGAACCACCUGCAGAGGUUGUUAAACUGCAGUCUCGAAUUCCACCCUGCAGAGAUUCAGGAAGUUGCUGUUAAACCUAAAAAUUUGCAUGUCUGAUAUUUAUUAGAGUUGUUUAAAAUAUAUGUGGACUUGAUUGUUGGCAUCAUAAUUCAUAUUUGGAGAUGUUCUGUCAUGUUUGUGCGUUAGUACCGAAAAAUUUAAAAACUGGCUACAGUGCUUUCUGAUUUGCUAUAUAACUAAAAUUUUAAGAAUACCCCGUUUUAAAAUUCCCUUUAUUUCCUUAGAUCUUUAUGAAACAGUUCAUCUUUUGCAGAUCAUAGUGCUUUAUUAAACAUAUUCAUGUAUUCUUUUCCCAUUUCUUUUAACACAAAAAAUUUACUCAAUCAUCAGUAAUUUUCAUCUGACAUUUCACUAAGUACAGGAUUCAUGAUGUCAACAUUAUUAGAUCAGUCAUUCUAGUGGGUCUCACAAGUUUAUCCUCAUUAUGCCAAAUACCCACUCAAAAGAUAAGGUGAAUAACAGAUGCCUCCAGGUGUAUACAACAACCUCAGUUUCUUGAAGUUAGCUAGUACUGUUCAACAGGUCAGAUUGCUAGUCUACAAAAAUAAACUGGAAAAGACUCGUGUACAGCUUUACAUAUCAAAUGGCAAGUUCAUUUCAACAAGAACCUCUACAACUAACUGUUCAUUUGUACAAGUUCUCUGCUAUCAUUGCAAAGCCUCUCCUGAACAAAGUUAUAAGUUUAAAAUUUAAAAUAAGCUUGAUGAAAUAAAAUGUACCAGGUGGCUUUUCUGUAGCAGAAAUUAAUUACAACCAUUUUUUCUCAAGCAAUUUUAAAGACAAGCCAAGUUGAAAAUAAAUAUUCAAGCACACAGUAAACUAAAGUCUAUAUGUAGAAAUUCAGGUACAAAGCACAGCAGAGCCUAUGACGACAAUUUAGAAAUAUAAACUAGCAACAAAGCAAUAAUUUCUUUCAAAUAACAGGAAAAAGUUCUCCAAUACCAUUAUUGAGAUCAUUUAGUGUUUAUUAAUUUCAGAGUUUUUUUAAAAUCCUGUUUCUAAUUAUAUUUGAUCGCAAUAUACCAACAGAUACCUCCCUGGUGGCUCAGAGAGUAAAGCAUCUGCCUACAAUGCGGGAGACCUGGGUUCAAUCCCUGGAUCAGGAAGAUCUCCCAGAGAAGGUAAUGGCAACCCACUCCCAGUAUUCUUGCCUGGAAAAUCCAAAUCGAAGGAGGAGCCUGGUAGGCUGCAGUCCACGGGUCACAAAGAGUUGGACACGACUGAGCGGCUUCACGUUCUUUCUUUAUGCCGACAGAUGAAUCAUACUGGAUGAAGCAAAUGGCAGCUAAAUUUCUGGCUAGCUCCCUAAUGACGCUCCAGAUUUGUACAUGGUAGAAAGGCUCAGGAAACUGGGUUUGCAUAAAUCCCUGCUGGUACUUAUAAAAGCUUUUAAAAGUUAA